CUGAGAAAGGUUUCCGAAUUUCCCGAAUCUUAAGUCUUCGUCACCGGUCCAACCCUUGGGUUAGCUCUCACCCAAGAUUGGUCAUUGGUUUACUCCAUGCAUAGCACGGGGUUGCUUUGCUUCCCAUGUCUUGUCUUCCAAAUUCCAAUUUGGUCAUUGCAAACAGUGGUUGUGUAAAUCACUACUGUUUCCAUAGAUUAACCAACUGCCGCAUCUCACACUUCCAUUGCUAUCCCUUUCCCACAAGCUUUUGCUCUGUACCCAUUUGAAUGAGACUAGUUUCAAAGCGUCUCGUACCCUUCAACUUACCCCUUCUACUUAACCCUUGUUCAAAUUUGAACCAUCUCUCCACCUCCAUACCUUCACCCCCUAAAACCCUUCAAAUCAUCCACAGCAAACCCAUCACUGGCAUUCUUCCAUAUAUAUCCUCCCUCUUGCAAAAGCCCUCCAACCUUAAUCAUCUCAAGAAAGCUCACGCAAAAACCUUGACUUUCGGGCUCCAAGACAACACUCAGGUAUUAACCAAACUGAUCAUUUACUACAUUUCAUUCGAUAGCAUUGACGAAGCCAGUCUUUUAUUCAAAGAUACACCAAACCCAAGUAGCUAUCUAUGGAAUAUCAUGAUAAGGGCAUAUGCUUGUGGACACCAAUUUCAAGAAUCAUUAGGACUUUACUGGUUGAUGGUAGAAAAGGGUUUAAAACCCGACAAAUACGCUUUCCCGUUCGCGCUCAAAUCUUGUGCUGGGUUGUCGGAUUUGCGUGUUGGGAGAUUAAUUCACCAGCACUCUGUAUGUUGUGGGUGUAACAAUGACCUUUACAUUGAUGCUGCUUUGGUUGAUAUGUACUCAAAAUGCGGCGACAUUGAAACCGCCCAUCUGGUGUUUGAUAUAAUGACCGACAGAGAUUUGGUUUCUUGGACUUCAAUGAUAGCUGGGUACGCGCACAAUGGUUAUAACAGUGAGACGUUGGACUUCUUUAAUGUUAUGCGUGAUUCGGGUGUGAAGCCGAAUAGGGUUGGUAUACUUAGUGUUCUUCUAGCUUGUGGUAAUCUAGGAGGUUUGAGGAAAGGGGAAUGGUUGCAUGCCUUUGUGAUCAAAACUGGAUUUGGUUCUGAUAUAUUGGUUGCAACUGCUAUUAUAGACAUGUAUGCAAAGUGUGGGAGUUUGCGAUUGGCGUGUGCUUUGUUCGAUGAAACUAGAGGGAAAGAUGUUGUUUGUUGGAGUGCUAUGAUUGGAAGCUAUGGAAUUCAUGGACACGGAAGGAAAGCAAUUGAUGUUUUCCAAAAGAUGAUCAGUGAAGAUGUAAAUCCGAAUCAUGUAACUUUCACUUGUGUUCUCUCAGCUUGUAGCCAUUCAGGUUUACUAGAAGAAGGCAAGGAGUACUUCCGGUUGAUGAGAGAGGAGUUUGGGAUUGCACCAAAACUAAGCAACUAUUCAUGUAUGGUGGAUCUUCUUGGCCGUGUAGGGCAACUUUCUGAAGCAGAAAAACUUAUACAAACAAUGCCAAUGGAUCCUGAUGUGAGUAUUUGGGGGUCUUUGCUUAGCGCUUGCCGCGUUCAUAGCAAUAUAGAUUUAGCUGAGAAAAUCGCUGAUCGGAUUUUCCUGCUGGACCCGUUUCAUGAAGGCUAUCAUGUUCUGCUUUCUAAUAUCUAUGCUGCGAAAUCAAGAUGGGUUGAAGUUGAGAAGGUGAGGAAGAUGAUGGGUAGGAGUGGAAACAACAAAAUACAAGGAUUUAGUUCAGUUGAGCACAAUAAUAUUGUCCAUCAAUUUGGAGUGGGAGAUAAAUCCCAUCCUCAAACAGAGAAGAUUUAUUCUCUGCUUGAGGAAUUGGCCAUUUCGAUGAAGCGCUUGGGAUAUGUUCCAUUGACGGAAUUUGUGCUUCACGAUAUCGAAGGGGAAGCAAAAGAGGAGGCACUUACCUACCACAGUGAGAGGCUGGCGAUAGCAUUCGGAAUUAUCAACACCAAACCAGGGACCACACUCCAGAUCAUGAAGAAUCUAAGAAUUUGUGGAGACUGUCAUAAUGCUGUAAAGUUUAUUUCAAGAAUUGUGAAUCGUGUUAUCGUUGUUAGGGAUAAUAAGCGUUUCCACCAUUUUGACAAUGGUUCUUGCUCUUGUGGGGAUUACUGGUAAGAGAUGAAUGUAAUUGUGAAACUUGAUUCUUCUCAGAACUAUACUAGUUUCUAGUGUAGGCGCUGAGCAAUUUUUUACCUU